AUGGUCCAUUCGAUCGUCCGCCGGCCUACCGAACUGCCAAGAGAGCAACAUCGUUCACAGAACUUCUUCGCCUUCGGAAGCGGCACUGGCGAUGAAGCUCCUCGUCCAUACCAUGUGUUUGGCAAGGCACAAACUGGCACAAACACCAACCUGCCUACAACAUACCACGGCAGAAGAAGGCUCUCAACAGACGCUUCAAGACUACUCCGCAGCCUGCCGUCAUCGACAAUGCCACCACCAAGUUUGUCAAACCGUCCGACAAUUACUUCAACUCGCAAGCUUCUUCCUCUGCUUGCGUUCGUCAAGCUUCACUUGUCUGCUCCACCAAAAACCAGUCUCAGCACAGGCGAAAACAUCACACCCAGCUCCACCACCUCCGGCGCUUUCAAUCGCGUCCAACCCUCCACCGCUAACGCCAUGAUCCCAUCCAUCACCAACCAGGCCGCCCCUCCAAGAGUUUUCGACCAACUGGAGAUGAUCCACGCCAGCCUCAUCCGCGGCACAACCCUCGCACCAACCUACAAUUUCUCUACCGCUGGCCAGCCCAUCCUCUCCACCGGCCCAUUGGCCCCACUCUACUCUCGCGGCGGCGUAGUAAUCCGCAUCACCGCCGAAACCGGUCUACAACACGACGUGAUACUCUGCGACACCGACCUCUGCCCAAUCUGCUCCCGUCACGGUAUCGGCUCCGAGAAUCCUGGCCCUUCUCAAUUCAAUGGUCUUCCAUUCUGCCAUGUCGACGACGUGAGGUCCGAUGUGCCGAGGGAAGUGUUGCGCCCGGGCAGACCUGGGGAGGAAGUGGACUUUGUGGCCGUGGGAGGAGCGACGAGUACGAGUGUGGAGGUGAGGUGUGAGAUGGAGGAGGCGGUUGUGCAGUUUCAGGCGGGACGAAGGGAUGUUAUUGUGCGGGCGUUGGUUUGUGUGGAGGGAAAGUGUGAGAUGUGUUUUGGGAGGGGACCGGAUCCGCAGUCCAGUUGA